AUGUGGACCAGGAGCGUCGCCGGUGCCGGUGCUACUGGCCUCGCCGUUGAAGUCGAUGAGGCUUCCCGGUCGUCUCCCUCGGCUGGUGGUGCUGCAGCGACGCCGCGCCGGUCGGCACUCCUGCUGGCUAGCUCGCCGCAGUUCCUGCACAAGAAGCGCGGGACCCGGUCUUUCGUCAACGAGGCCGGCACGGUGGUGGCCAUCUACUGGGACACCACCGACGCGAAGUACCCCGCCGGGUCGUCCCCGGAGCCGACGCGCGACUACUACCUCGCCGUCGUCGCCGACGGGGAGCUCGCGCUCCUCGCGCCGUCUUCCCCGGCGGCCACGCUGGCGCACAGCACGCGGUGCAGGUUCCGGGACGACGGGGCGGAGCACGAGGUGGCGGUGGUGUGCCGCGGGGAGGAGUGGGGGGCGAGGUCGAGGGACGGGGAGGUGGCGGUGAGCAUCGACGGGAAGAAGGUGGUGGAGGCGAGGCGGGUGAAGUGGAACUUCCGCGGGAACAGGACGGUGGUGCUCGGGGACGGCGCGGUGGUGGAGGUGAUGUGGGACGUGCACGACUGGUGGUUCGCCGGGGGCGGGGCGCAGUUCAUGGUGAAGGCACGCGGGGCAUGCGACGGCGGGAGGGUGUGGAUGGACGAGGAGAUGGCCAGGAAGGGGCAGCCGCCGGGAGGAUUCUUCCUGCACGUCCAAUGCUAUCGGCGGUGA